GUUAAAUAUGUAUAUACGUCCAAUAACUGCAAAUCUAACCUCAAAAGUAAACGUUUCUCGCGAGUGUAUGUAUGUACAGAAGACAUGCGCAUAUUCUGUGCAAAUAAUUUACGUCUGAGACGUAUCGUGGAUUAUUCCAGAACUUACGGAAAAUAAACACACAAAGUCGCGCUCCGUUUAAAUUAAAACAAACAAAUUAGGGUAAAUAUUUCCGGCGCGACAGUGUGUGUGUAUCUGUGGGUGCCGGAGGAAAUAAUUAUGAACUGCUUCACUGUUCUACGGUUGAAACACUUUACAGCUUUAAACAAGAGUCUAAUAGAGCAUUGCUUGACACGGUAUGUAGUACCUGCGUGCCAGGCCAGAUUCUACGUCGCCGAGAGCGAGAAUCGUUACAGGCAGCGUGUCAGCCCGAAUGGACGAACGCAGAAGAAAGCGCUGCGAAUACGUCUAGUGCAAAACUUCAAACACACGAGGAGAAAAGUAGAGGAGAUUAUUGAAAGGGAGAACAUCUGGACGAUACCGAAUCUGCUUUGCAUGGGUCGUAUUGUAACAUCGCCAUUCUUAAGCUACUUGAUCCUCUCGCAAGAUUACAAGAUAGCGCUGUGGCUGCUUGCGUUCGCCGGGCUGAGCGACCUGGCGGACGGAUGGAUUGCGCGCACCUGGACGUCGCAGGCGUCGAAGCUCGGAAGCUUUCUGGAUCCUUGCGCGGACAAGCUGCUCGUCGGCACGCUCUUCCUCUCCCUCGCGUGGGUCGGUCUGAUACCGGUCCCGCUCACCUGCCUUGUUGUCACGCGCGACGUUGUUCUAGUAACUGCUGCAUCUUACAUCAGAUAUCGUUCCUUACCUCCACCAAAAACCUGGGCGAGAUAUUUUGAUCCCACCCAUGCUACCGUGCAAUUAGCGCCGACUCUGACAAGCAAGCUGAACACCGGGGUGCAACUGACUCUGGUUGCUGGAACGUUGGCCGCUCCGGUUUUCCACUUCGUAGACCACCCGAUCCUGCAAUGUUUGUGCUACCUGACGGCAUUCACAACGAUCGCAGGAGGUGUCAGUUAUCUAUUGUCGAAGGACACGUAUAAAUUGUUGACGAAGAAGAAGACUCCAACACGAACGACACCUUAGAGCUCAGACUGUACAUUAUAUGUAUGAUAUUGUAUGUAUGAUAUUAUAUGUUCAAAUUUGUUACUUAGACGAUGUACAUUACUUCCUUUUGUACUAUUAUGACCACUGUUUUGUACAGAGAUCAGCAAUCCUUUCUGAAUUUUAAAGUCUUUUGAAGAAAAGUAUAUACUUGUACGAAAGAUUUUACAUGUAUAAAGUUUUGUAAAGCAUGAUAUUUAAUAAUAAUAAACUCUUAAUUUUUAUUAUGGAAAAA